UGCCGGGUGCUCUGAGGCGGCUUCCGGUCGGGUUUGUCCGGGUCACCCGUGCCUCCUCCUGGCCCUGUGCGGCUGGUGUGUCGGUCUCGGUGCCGGCCUCACCUGGCUGGGCUCGUCUUCUGGGGACUGGAGUGGAUUUUUUCUCAGAUUCUUGUCCUUGUACUACUAAAAUUAUCCCUAACUAAAGAUGCAUCCAGACCUGUCUCCUCAUCUACACACUGAAGAAUGUAACCUAGUUAUCAGUCUGCUCAAGAAGUGUCACAAGGAGCACAACAUUUUGAAAUUUUUUGGCCAUUGCAAUGAUAUUGACCGUGAGAUGCGAAAGUGCUUAAAGAAAGAGUAUGAAGAAAACAGGGCCAGGAACCAGGCGAUGCGACGGAGGCUAAUUAAUGCUCACAAAAACUCAGAGAAGUGAGCUGCACUGUAGCUGGACAGCUGCAUCUCCAUAGGGACACUUGGUUGAAAGUUGACAGAAUACUUCUUUCACGUCACCAAUGCUCAGCCUGUGAUUUGUGAAAUGGUGAAAAAAUAAACGCACCUAAUGCAUACUCAUUCCCAGCAAGGCAAACAACAUGGAAAAAAAAAAAAUAUAAAUCAUCACUCACAACUUGACUUAAUUUUUUACUUCUGAAAGACGACUAUUAUGGCAAGUCUUUGUUCUGGCAUAGUUUCGUUAUGAUUAAGUAAUGAGGAAUUGGUGUGUAUGGAGUAUUAUGUAUUUAGGGCUGCUAUAUUCCCUACCUUGUGUUGAGCUGCAUUUAUUUCUUUGUGUUUAGCAGUUUUUCUUUCAUCUUGUUUUUUUUUCUUCUUCUUGCAAAACACUGAAUGACUUUUCCAUCACUCUUUGUAAUGUUGUGAUAACACUGCUUAAAUAAAUUAGCAAAAAGAAAUUUUAAACAGAUGUGGCUUGAAAUUGGAAAUUGCCUAUCAAGUAAUUGCAGUUCUAGCAUUUUUAUUGGAGCCAAAAUGAUGAAACUACCAUCUUCCACCGAGAAGAUUAAAAGUCCUUCCUGCCAGCCAUACAUACAGUGUAGACUGUUGUAAGACAAUUUGUUCAUCAUACCCAAAGCAAGCGGCUUUAGAAAUUCAGAAUGGAACAUUUCCAGGGAUUUACAGAGCAUUGCCUUGAUUUUUGUUGAGUACAAUCAAAGUGUGCAGAGUGAUUUUUUUUUUUUUUUUUUUUUUGGAAGAGGAGUGCUGCCAAAAAUACAAGCUAAAUAGUUCUUUCACAUACUGUGGUACAAAAGUGAAGUCACGUUACGACUAUUUCUGUUGAAGGAAAACUCACAUUGAAGUGAACGAAAGUGUAACUUGCCUUUCUGUUAGGCAAGUCAACUAGUAUUGUGUUAACCAAGUUGCCUUGUUAGCCUAUAAGAGCUGUUUAUUUGCUAUCAAACUGCAGAAAGUCCUCAGCAAGUCUCUGGAUUCAGAAGAUUUGAUAUUAAAAUGUGUUGGUUUAUGCAGUGAUGGAGCUGCUUCUCUGGUUGUCUGCUGGAUUCACCUUAUUUUUAAAUUACUUUUCUGUUCUGCCUAGCAACAAAAGACUAUUUUAAACAAAUAAAUUUUAUUGCGCCAAAUAUACCGAGUGUCAUGAUACCUUUUAAAGAAGGUGCCUAUUCUACACUGAAUUCUAUGGUUUGUUGUAAGAACCGUUGUUGACACUCAAUCUUGAAAUAGUACAUGCACUGGUUUUGGAAGAAAGCUGUAUUUUGUGAUCUAUUUUGAAAGACUAAGAAUAUUUGUACUUAUUUUUUCACUACCUGGAUGGCUCUUGUUAAAUUGGUAAAACUUAACCACAAUUGUUUUCAGGGAAAGUUCCAAGAAAAACUGAAGCAAUUGUUUCUGCAUCUUUUGAAAUGCUGUCUUCUUUCUUAGAACAAGUAAAUGAUGCAUUAUUUGAAUUAAAUAUUUGAGUGUUUGGAAGUGGUGCAGUCUUUUUAUUGGUACUCUUCAGGAUACUUUUGAAGAGUACUUUAUAGUGAAGUUCCCUAACUGGGCACUCUGCAUCCUUGAUCCUUCUUCCAUUUGUGAUGACAAACUCUACUUCAGGGAAGCUUUUAAAUAGGAUUUGGUGAUGCUUGUAAUUUUUAAGUAAAUAAAUAAAUAGAGAAUUGUCCUAGCAAUUAGGUCGAGAAGCUGAUAUCUGAGUGCAGAAGCACUGAAGCUUUACUGUCUUUCAUCAGAUUGUGUUAGUUCAGAUCUUUCACUAGAAUAGCAACAAAAUAAGAAUCCAAGAGCCACUUAACACAGCUCAUUAGUCAGAAUUGUAUUUUCAAAUAUCAAAUUAGCUAAUGAAUGAAAGACCAGAUGGCGUGCACGAUUUCUAUUGAUACUUUGAACUACAUUUAGCAAUAAAUCUAUUUUACAGAUAAACUUUGUUUACCUGUGAAAGUAUGAUCACAUUCAUCCUUCUGUUUCUUUUUGCUCAUUGUCCACUAGUAGUGUGAUAUAAGAUCGCCCGUUGAUCGCUGUGGUUUUGUUCCUUUUCUUGAGAGAGGUUAUGUUGCUAAUUUGAUCUUCAAGCUGAGAAACACUAGUGUAAUAUUGCUUACAGUUUAUCUGACAGAGAAGGAGAGUAAGGAUGAAAUGCUAAAUAUGGAGGUGUUUUUGUUUCCUAAAGUGAGCUGAGUGGUGAGUAGGGGACAUGUUGGGUGAAAUAAACUUUAUCUGUAAG